AAUUAUAUCACUCGACAUAAGAAACUACAUCUACGGCCCUCCCCUUCUAUCCUCCUCGAGUCGAACUGCAAGAGAAAACGGGGGGACGGGAACUAAACCGAGAAAGAGAACGCGCGCCGGCGAUCAUCGACAUCCCACCACACACAAGCAACACAUCCCGCAGAAGCCCAGAACGGUGGAAACACUGGCAGGCAUCCUGUCUUGACAAUCAUCCAAGAGUAAAAGGUAAAGACAAAGAAUAAUAAUAAAAGUCUUGAUACCAAAUCCAAACAAGCGUCGCACCCGUGUGCUCGCCCGCGCGCUGAUCAGUUCCCAGCUGCCACCUGGGCACUCGCCAGGGUACGCAAGAUAUCUACGGACACUCCAAGCAUGACGUGCCCUUGAUCAGAAGUACGGUUCAUCCCCCACAUACCGUCGCUCAGUUACCCCCAUACAGUUACGGUAUCGGUAUCCAUCUCGAUUCCUACCUAUAAAGAGGACUAGCCGUUCUUAUCUUGAGCGAUGGACGAGUCCGAGGAAGAGGUCGAUACUCGGAUCGAGUCUCUUUUACGUCAACGCCAAUCAUUAACCGAUGACCUGCUGGCUAGUCCAUACGAUCUCGUCCUCUACAUAAAGCGCGCAUUGGUUUAUGCCGACCUAGCUUAUCCGGACUUGGCCGCUGGUGAUGCCUACAAGGCCCUGCUGCUGACCGACGAAGUUCGCGACGAAAGUUUUGAAUAUCAUGACCGAGCUCUCGAUGCUCUAAAAGCGUACUCUCGCGGUCCGUUGUUGGACAUCUUAGACUAUGGCUCGUUAUCGGAGAGGCAGUCAAGUUUGCCCAAACUUGACGGUGGCGCAAUGGAUAUUGCUGCCCUCGCUUCGCUCGCCUCCGUCCGCUCUUAUCAAAUAUUAUCGUUGAGCCUUCUAUUAUGUGGAUGUCUAAAGAGUGCUUAUAACUUCUGCGAACGUGGUCUCGCUCUUGCCCCCGACAACCAAGAGCUUCUGAACACGCGAGGGCAUAUUCACACGGUCGCCAUUCGCAGAACUCGCAGGUCGAUCUCCAGCGUGAAUGAUCUUCCAGAUUGGGGCAUGGUGCGUAGGGAAGUUUAUCCUUGGAACAACUACGAACCCGAUCGCUUUUCCGACGAAUCCCUGAAAUUUCUCAACGCCGAAUUGGCUAAGAUAGCACCUAAGUGUACCGUCAAAGUCGCACAGUUACCCAUUUUGCUAGGAUGUCCAAGCCGCACUGACAGUUACGACAUAAUUCCAACAUGCAGCCAACUCGGUGUUUUCGCGAAGGAGGAUAUCGCGCCGGGAGAGGAUGUGCUUGUAGAGUACUCGUUAGUGACGGCUAACAAUCGCCUAAAAGAUUCGGUCUGCGAUGCUUGCAGCGGCGAGCUGCCGCCCUUAGGGAACGAUUCAACUGCUGUCAAUUGUCCGGCAUGCCAUGAUACCGUGUUUUGCGAUCAAUAUUGUUUCGAAAAGGCCCAGAAGCUGUACCAUCCAGCCGUUUGCGAAAAAGACGUCGAUUCAAUCGCCAGGGAUCCCGAUGCGAAGGAGGCCGACGAAACUCUUCAUCUGUUGCUGCUCGCGCGUGUUUUGGCCAUGGCAGCUCAUCAAGAGAUAAAUCCUCUUGAUGUUAAUCAAAUCAAAUAUAUAUGGGGAGAUUUCGUAUCUUCCAAAACCAACGAGAUCGAUUUGUCCCCCAAAGCGGGACCACCUCCCGAUUGGACUCUUCCCUUCUCCUUUACCUACAACAUUGAGACGCCCCUUCACAUUCUCGAGAAGAUGGAUAUCGAUAUCUUCGCAACCCUUGCCAACCACGAUAUAUGGGUGUUCAAUACGCUCUACAGCAAAUUUCGUGGCACCGCUUCGGCCCGCAAAAAUCCUAGGGACGGGCGCCCCGACGUCGCCGCCGUCCACCCGUUCUGGUGUCUUGCCAACCACGACUGCGACCCCAAUGUCACUUGGGAAUGGGGUGGACGAAUGGUAUUGAGAGCCCGUGAGAGGAGAGUCGUAGGCAACGCACCAGGCGGCAUAAAAGCGGGGGAGGAGAUUCUCAAUCACUACUGCGACGUGGACCUGCCCGUGCAGCAACGUAGGGAGUGGGCACAGGGAAGCCUUGGCGGCUGGUGCAUGUGUCGCAGGUGUCGCGAAGAAGCUUCCCAGUCCGAGAACAAUUCCCCCGGAUAAUUGCCCCAAAUCACUCUCGAAACUCAUCCAGUUAAAUUCAAAACAAC